UUCGCGCGGACCGCGCGUUGGUCCUAUUUUAGUCGCGUGUGUGGGUGAAUGAGGUGCCGCGACGCCCGUCUCCGACGCUAUUUUUGUCGUCCCUGCGUCCUCGCGAGCGAGUUGCGGAUCUGCUGUACAUACGUGUGUGCGUGCAUGCGUGCGUGCGUGCGUACGCGCGCGCGACGGAGAAGGACGAAGGAACGUGAGAUACGCACACACGAGCGAAAAGAAUGAACGACAUGGAGGCCUACGGGGACGGAUACAUGGCACCGGAGGAGGAAUGGGAGAGGGAGGGUCUUCUGGACCCUGCCUGGGAGAAGCAGCAGAAAAAGACAUUCACAGCUUGGUGCAACUCGCAUCUACGCAAAGCAGGCACUGCCAUCGAAUCGAUCGAAGACGAUUUCAGGAAUGGGUUGAAACUGAUGUUGUUGCUUGAGGUGAUCUCAGGCGAGACCCUUCCGAGGCCUGACAGAGGCAAAAUGAGAUUCCACAAGAUCGCCAACGUGAACAAGGCCCUCGAUUAUAUCGCCAGUAAGGGCGUCAAGCUGGUUUCAAUUGGCGCAGAAGAAAUCGUUGACGGCAACCUAAAGAUGACUUUGGGAAUGAUAUGGACCAUUAUCUUGAGAUUCGCGAUCCAGGAUAUCUCCGUGGAGGAGAUGACCGCGAAGGAAGGUCUGUUGCUUUGGUGCCAGCGCAAGACGGCACCGUACAAGAAUGUCAACGUUCAAAACUUCCACCUGUCCUUCAAGGACGGUCUCGCGUUCUGCGCACUUAUUCAUCGCCAUCGGCCCGACUUGAUCGACUACAACAAACUCAGCAAGGAUAAUCCGCUGGAGAAUUUGAACACUGCCUUCGAUGUCGCUGAAAAGUAUCUCGACAUUCCUCGCAUGUUAGAUCCCGAUGAUUUGAUCAACACUCCCAAGCCGGAUGAGCGAGCUAUCAUGACGUACGUGUCCUGCUACUACCACGCGUUCCAAGGUGCCCAGCAGGCAGAGACAGCGGCUAACAGAAUCUGCAAGGUACUAAAAGUAAAUCAAGAGAAUGAGCGCCUCAUGGAGGAAUACGAGCGCUUAGCUUCCGAUUUGCUCGAAUGGAUACGACGAACGUUGCCAUGGCUUGCGAAUCGGCAAACCGACAAUUCCCUCGCCGGUUGUCAGAAGAAGCUGGAGGAAUACCGAACGUAUAGGCGCAAGCAUAAGCCACCACGUGUUGAACAGAAAGCCAAGCUGGAGACAAAUUUCAAUACUUUGCAGACAAAAUUGAGGCUGAGCAAUAGACCGGCAUACAUGCCCACAGAAGGAAAAAUGGUGUCUGAUAUAAAUAAAGCAUGGAGAAAUCUGGAGUUAGCCGAGAAGACGUUCGAAGAUUGGUUAUUGUCCGAGAUGAUGCGUUUGGAACGAUUGGAACAUUUGGCGCAGAAAUUCAAGCAUAAGGCGGACGCUCACGAGGACUGGACCGCUGGUAAGGAAGAGAUGCUCACAUCCCAACACUUCCGGCAGUGCAAAUUGAACGAGCUUAAGGCCUUGAAGAAGAAGCAUGAAGCUUUCGAAUCAGAUCUUGCGGCCCAUCAGGAUCGUGUGGAGCAAAUCGCAGCUAUCGCUCAAGAACUCAACACUCUUGAGUAUCACGACAGCGCAUCCGUGAACGCUAGAUGCCAACGCAUUUGCGAUCAGUGGGAUCGUUUGGGUACACUUACCCAACGCAGACGUCAAGCUCUCGAUGAAGCCGAGAAGAUCCUAGAAAAGAUAGAUGUCUUACAUUUAGAGUUUGCCAAACGCGCUGCUCCAUUCAACAAUUGGUUGGAUGGAACCAGAGAAGAUUUAGUGGACAUGUUUAUUGUCCAUACGAUGGAAGAGAUUCAAGGUUUAAUGGACGCGCACGCUGCAUUCAAAGCUACUUUGGGUGAAGCGGACAAGGAGUACAACGCGAUUGUGGGAUUGGUGCGCGAAGUAGAAUCCAUAGUUAAGCAAUACCAAAUCCCUGGUGGCUUGGAGAAUCCUUAUACCGCUCUAACUGCCAUGGAUCUUACUAAGAAAUGGAGCGAUGUUAGACAGUUAGUUCCUCAACGUGACGGUACCUUAGCUGCUGAACUUCGCAAACAACAAAAUAAUGAAUUGCUUAGACGACAAUUUGCCGAAAAAGCCAAUGUUGUCGGACCAUGGAUAGAACGCCAGUUGGAUGCUGUGACUGCAAUUGGUCUCGGUCUUCAGGGAACACUUGAAGAUCAAUUACAUCGUCUGAAGGAAUACGAACAGGCAGUAUAUCAAUACAAAGCUCAUCUUGAGGAAUUGGAAAAGAUCCAUCAAGCAGUUCAGGAAGGCAUGAUCUUCGAAAACCGUUAUACUCAGUACACUAUGGAGACAUUGCGCGUUGGUUGGGAACAACUUCUGACUUCAAUUAAUCGUAAUGUUAACGAAGUCGAAAAUCAAAUUCUUACUAGAGAUUCGAAGGGUAUCACUCAAGAGCAGCUGAAUGAAUUCCGCAGCAGUUUCAAUCAUUUCGACAAGAACAGAACGGGCAGAUUGGCACCAGAUGAAUUUAAAUCCUGCCUUGUAUCUCUGGGAUACUCUAUUGGAAAGGACAGACAGGGCGACAUCGAUUUCCAACGAAUCCUCGCCAUCGUUGAUCCCAACAAUUCGGGCUAUGUGCACUUUGAUGCUUUCCUCGAUUUCAUGACGCGUGAGUCUACAGAUACCGACACAGCGGAACAAGUCAUCGACAGUUUCCGCAUUCUCGCUGGUGACAAGCCAUAUAUCUUGCCAGAUGAACUGAGGAGAGAAUUACCACCGGAUCAGGCGGAAUAUUGCAUUCAGCGAAUGCCACCAUACAAAGGACCGAGCGCUGUGCCUGGAGCAUUGGAUUACCGCUCUUUCUCGACAGCUCUGUAUGGUGAAUCUGAUCUGUAAAUGAACAUAAUGAUAUCAAAAUUGAUAUUAUUCGAUGGAGUAAUAUCGAAAGAAAACAAUGAAAAAGGGAUCGGGUAUUUGUCAGCUGAACAGAUAAACAAUGCCUAAAAGUUUCUCCUACUAUUUUAGUAUUUUUAACGCAUCAACGUAUUUUCAUGGCGAUACAUUUUAUUAAAACUCAAUGUAAAAGAAUACAAUACGUACAAUGUCAAUCAUUAUGUUAAAUACUAAUAACUGUACGUGCGUAUGUGUACUCGAGUUUAUUGGAAGGGACUAGAAAUUUACUAGUCCGGGAUAAGUAAGAAAGUAGGUGAUAUCAUUUUAACGUAAAGGGAUCUAAGUUGUCGUACUAAGAAAAGUAGAUAUUAACUGUAUUAACUAAGAAUAUCUUCCACGUGAAUGGAGAUUACAUAUCAGAUAUACGUACAAGGAAAAAUUACGUAACUUAUAUAAGUCUGUUAACAUGACAAUAAUGAAUAUCAAAUAUGAGUAUUUAGAUACCUUUCGUUAAAAAGAUAUGGAACGUAAGCAUAAACAAGAAGUUCAAAAUUAAUGUACUCUUCUAUGGAACGUUUUGCUACAUGCUUAUUCUUCUAUUUUUUUUUAUGUAGCCUACUCUAGAACGAGACAAUUUGAAUUUCUUUUUUUUUCUGGGAAGAUAAGUGCCAACGAUAGGUAACACAUUUUCUACGAUUCUUUUUUUCGAACGGGAAGGAAUUGCGUCUUGGGCCAUAUUUGAGAUCGAUAAUUAUGGCAAAAAAGGAGAAGCUUACAUAAUUGGAUAUAGUUAGUGAGUGCAUUGAUACUAGAGGCUCUCCAAAUUACUAUUAAAAUAGUACUAAUUUUAUUAGUACUACUUUUUACUAGUAUUACUACUAUAAGUACUAAGUAGUGCUAUAACUACUAGUACUACUUUUUAUCUCUAUACAUAUAUCAGGAUAUUUAUUCUAAAGUUCUAUAUUCUACAUUUUGUAUAUGAUUAUUCAGCGAAAGAGAUAUAUACACACACAUAUAUAUAUAUUUUUAGAUUGCGAUUUUGCCAUUGUAGCGUGACACAAAUUUAACAGUGUUUUCGAAUUGAAUUUUUCUGAAUCCACACAUUCAUAGUAAUUUUAUUACAUUUUAUAAUUAUAUCGUGUUUGUCAAUAGCUUAAACGUGUGCCCUUUUAAAAAUUACCAAAUUCUACGUCAUAUUUGGGGUGCACUCCGUUAAGCAUUGACAUUCGGUUUACGCCAUAGAUCAAUGUUCGCACAAACACUUAAAAAAAAAAAGAGAGAAUUUCAAGGUAGUAAAAUUCAGAGAAAUAAUAAUAACGAGUCUUUGCGAGACUUAAUGAUAUAGAAGUCGACCUUCUCGCUAAGUAUCCAGAAAACAUACGCUCGAAAUCGAAUAAUGUUCAUAUUUUUUUAAUAAGCGCGGCACUACGAAUCCUUAAACGACAAGCCGUCGCCUUAUGUACUUUGUAAAUCGUAUAUUAAAGGUACGCGAAACGAAUAUGCUGAACGAAGCAAAUUAUUUAUUUAUUUGACUUUAAUAAUUAUUUAUUAUAUUGCUCCGAUAUAUGUAUCUAUUUUACGAUAGUGAACGGGAUACUUUUCUCAAAGUAUUUAUUUUUAUAAAUAUCUGCGAAGAGCGAUAAGGCGCGCUAAUUGUAAUAUAGAGUCCACUUUGUAAAUCUCCAAAUCGCAGCUGCCAUUUCUUGGAUCAUAUUUUACGACGUAGCCUUAUCUGUCAAAAGUGACGUCGGAAGUCGAAUCAUCAUUGUUCAAAUCGUUGUGAAAAAUCAAUCUCUCAAUUAAAGCGCUCGUGUGUGUGUGAAAUGCAAUUUACUUUUAUCGGCGAAAGUAUACUGUAAGUAUACUGUAAGUUUUUUUCUGUUUCGCUUUUUGCGGCUUUAAUGCGCUUUUCAAUGUUUAUCUUAACGCAAUUUUUUGAGAGUUUACUUAAUUUCUCAUUCCUUUUUAUUUCUUUUUCUUCUCUCUCUCGGAAUAUACAUUGGGCAUAUAGAGAGACGAAUAUAAUAUACAAGAAACACGUCAAAGCAGAAAGUUGACUGCUAGAACAGUAUAUACACACGUAAAUAAACGACACACACGCACUUUUUUACAGGUAUACGUACCACCGAACAAGGAAAUAUACGUAAUGUCAAAAAGGGAAGCGUAUACUUUGAAACAUAUACGUCUGAAACAUAUAUAUCUGAUGCAUUGUAAUAUCCGCGCAAACGAAUAUUCGAAAAUGAAGUCCGCCUGCUCGGAAAGUUGAAAAGUUUCCGAAUACUUCAUUAUAAUUUUGUCAGAUUUUGUCAUACAGUUGAAUUACAUUCUCAUUUAUACAUAGCGUAUUUAUACACGUAUAAUUGUAAUUAUUAUUAUUAUUAUUAUCUUAUGAAACAAUAUUUAUGAAAUUGUAACAAUUCGAUGGAAAUCUCGCUGAAACAUGAUCGUCUCGCGCUGCAUUACAUUUAUCAGCUACUACUGUAUACUUGUUUUGCCCAUCUCAUCUUCCUAAACUAGAUUAAUAACAAAUAACAUUGUAAAACGCAAGAAUAUCGGGGAAAAUAAAGAAAUCUUUGAAAAAAAGUAUGUAUAC